AUGGCCUCGUCCACUCUCAAGCCUUCAGAGAAAUGGUCGCUGCUCGUGGCCGCCGGAGCUUCUCUUGCGGUAAUUGCAAACACCUUUCAGGGAGACGGGGCGCCUCUCGUGGCCUCGCUCGCCUUCUCCACCUUGGCUUUCUCCAUGACUUACGCUUUUGUGCGAUGGUCGGGCCCCGCUUUUGUCAAGGCUGGAUUAAAGGGGAGAGAUAUGAGCAAGAUCAUGCCAAAGGAGAUUCCUGAGGCCAUGGGAGCAGUUGCUGCAGCGGUCUACAUUUUGUCCCUCAUGGCGUUCAUUCCUUUCGCCUUCUACAAGGACAUCGUCGCCGCUACAUCCGGUGGUGGGAACAGAGAUGUCGUGCUCACCAUUACCGAGGUCGAGACAGGACGAUUCUUGCAUCGGUUUCCGCACUCGAAAUUAUCCUCGUAUCAAUCGGCACUGAAUACUCUCCAAGCCACCACCAUCCUCGGCAUAUGCGACGACCUUCUCGACCUUCGGUGGAGGCACAAAUUCUUCAUCCCAGCAGUGGCGUCACUCCCGCUUCUCAUCGUUUACUAUGUCGAUUUCGGCGUCACUUCGGUGGUCGUCCCCAAUUUCCUCGUCCCAUACAUGCCAAAUCAGGCUCGCCUCGUCAAUCUAUCCCUUUUUUAUUACCUGUAUAUGUCAGCUUUGUCGAUAUUUGCGCCGAACUCGAUCAACAUUCUUGCAGGCGUCAACGGGAUCGAGGUUGGGCAGUCGCUGGUGAUUGCGGGAUUGUUGGUCCUCAAUUCUGCGCUCUAUCUGGUCCCGUUUCCUGGGAAUCCAGUCUUAAAUCACGCGUAUGCCACACGUCCACAUCCCGCCACCGACGGCCAUCUCAUGACGCUGUAUAUUUUACUACCAUUCCUGGCCGUGUCAACAGCCCUGUACAUCCACAACAGAUACCCAGCUAGGGUCUUCGUUGGGGACACAUAUUGUUAUGUUGCGGGCAUGACAUUCGCAGUCGUGGCAAUCAUGGCCCAUUUCAGCAAGACGCUCCUUCUGCUCCUCAUCCCACAAAUUGCCAACUUCAUCUACAGCACCCCGCAACUUUUCCACCUGAUCCCAUGUCCGCGGCAUCGACUGCCCAAAUUCAAUGCAAGGACAGGCCUCCUCGAGCCAAGUGUGACGCCAUGGCCACCAGAGAGGCCGCCCAGCAAGCCAUUGACGACCAUCUUCUUACUUCUAGAGAAACUGCACCUGAUUCAAGUAACUGUAGACCCAAAGACGAAUUGCAUCUCGAGCACGUCGAAUCUGACCAUUAUCAAUCUGUGGCUGGUGUGGAGAGGCCCCAUGAGAGAAGACCAGUUGACGAGGGAGCUGUUGAUCAUGCAGACGUGCUGUGGCUUCCUGGGCCUGUUUGUACGUCAUACGAUGGCGUUGCUGAUUUUCAGCGCGGAUAACCGAGGGAAGGUCUCCUCAGUGUAG